GAGAGCGCACCAGAGAUACGCAGAGAACGUGCUUUCUAUUUGUUGCGAGUAAUGUGACUUCAGAGUUCUCUGUAUUUUAAAAUGCACACCUGCACCUGAGCAUGUAAAAGUUACAUCUGAAGAGGAAAUAGUUACUGCAUGAAAAGCCAUUGGCUCUAAAAACUGAGGGUUUUGUCUGACCUUUGUCUCAUUAUUUCAUGUUGUGGCUGAGCCGUGUGAAUUCGCAGAAGUCACUAUGAGCUAUGCGUGCCUGAGUUACUACAGUGCAGAGAGCGUGCUUGUUGAGGCGUUCACCUGUCCCAAACCGGAGAACGACGCGAGUGCCGUGCACUGCUGUGGAUUCAACGACAUGAAAUACUGCUGCGACGAUCCCAACAGUUUCUUUCCCUACGAGUAUGAGUACAUGUGGAGGCUGAGUGUGGGGGCGCUGGUCGGCCUCUCCAUCGCGGCGGUGGUGUUGCUGGCGUUUAUCAUCACAGUAUGUGUCCUCUGCUAUCUCUUCAUCUCCACCAAGCCCCACGGCAGACUUGACAACGGCCUUCCACUGCACAGCCCAGCUGUGGAUCUCAACGCUCUGGAAGGCCCGAGUCACUGUAACGCGGUGGGGGCGCCGACAGGGAUCCAGAAGCACUUCAUGAGCCGUAAGCUGGACUGCACCAAUCAGCCGCCGGACCAGGACCGCCUCUUCCAGAGAUGCUUCACGGCAACGGUCACCACCAUCAACGUAGAGGGGCCAUCUUAAAACUAUCCAGCGCUUUCCGUUGCAUGGAUCACACUUUCACCUGCAGGGUAAAACCGCUUUCGUCCCUUUGAUUUGGAAACAAAUAAGAUUUACACAGUUUCUAAAGAGGCCCCUUACUGGUCUCAUACUGGUAUAACAAUCCAGCUUGUUAUUCAUGGAGCCCCAGGAAUGGUAAUUACCAGCAAUCCAGCUUUGAUAAUUCAAGUACUUUUGUAGGUACUUGAAUUUUGUAGGUUUUGUUGUUAGGGUUUUUGUUCUGUAUUAAAUGAAUCCCAUUUGUGGGAUGUAAAGAAUGCAAAAUAAAUAAUAAGUCACCACCUGCUUUUCAAAACCUGCUUUAGUCCUCUUACUGAUCAUUUUUGGCCCUUUAAAAUACAAAAGCACUUUUGUCGCCGGCAGUAUAUCAAGGUUUGACCAUUCUUUAAAUCUCUGCUGGUUCUGUCUCUCUAGCAAUACACUUUACUGUACUCUGGUUUCUGUCUUAAGUGUAUCUGACCAAUUGAGAUCCAUUUAGCAGCUCUCUUCUACUAGAUAUUGUGUGCAGUAUACAGUGUGCAAAUUUACAUGACAGGUACAAAGUCAUUGUGUUGGCAUAGAAAUGUAAAUAAUUCUUUGUAGUGCAGUACUGCACAAAUAUUUGAGAUGCACUUGAGCUGUCUCCUUUACCCGGCAUUUCCAGCAGGAGGUUUAAAAAUACUGACAGCAUUGCAAAUGGUAAAAUACCGUAAAAAGGUAAAACCAUUUGGAUUAAAGCUUGUAGCCAUAUUCAUUCAUACAAUCUGAUAUGCCCACAAACCAGGCAAUAGUCACUCUAGUAAUCAGUAGUCUAAACGCUAUUGUCCUCUGACAUCACAGGCUUAACAAAACAGGGGCUGACUGAAAUUGUAUCUCUCACUUAUUCAAACCAUCGGGCAAUAGCCUUGCACUUAAUCCUCGACUCCAGUCAAAAAUUAGGUACUAUACAGCUAUGGCCAAAUGUUUUGCAACACCCUAUAGAAUAGAUUCAUUUUUCUUCAUAAAGUCUAAUGAAACCUGCUGAAUAAUUUUACGUUAACAUACUGAAUUACACCCCGCUUUGUGGUUUUCCAUAUACUUAAUGAAAAACGGACAGAAAUUUGAAAAUGUGACAUUUCGAAAUCUCACAUGAAAUACUGUACUACUACUAGUACGGCUUCCGGUAGACUUUUGCGAUAUCAUUUUGUAGUUUCUUCGAUUACAUGAUGUUAAAUAAAAGCACUACAUUUUGUUCAUAUAGUUCAAACAUUUACAUGACAGGUGCUUAGUAAUUGUGUUGGCAUAAGUAUUCAUACUGUGGUAUUGCAAAUAUAUUUGACACACAGACAAUAUACACAGUGUUAGAUAUUGGAAGAGUGUGCAUUUUGUAUUUAAAAUUUGUAAUAGAGUGUAAUAUAGUUCAGAGAUCCUUUUCCAACGCCAGUGUGCCAGCUCUGUAUAGGGUGCUAUGGGAUGAAGAAGUUCCUUGAAAGCAGUGUGCAUUUCUGUCAUCGAAUUUCCACAGGUUCUGUUUCCAAAUCAACAUGGAGACUUCUGUUCAUUCAUUCAUUCGGAUUUUGUCGACAGUAAAAAAAUAAAAAAUAAGCAUUUAAU